AUGAAAGAAGGGGAGAAUAACUGGGAGCAGCAAGAGGCAAGAGAAUCAACCAAUGUAGAGUUAAGGGAGCACAGUAGAAGUAACACUUGUAAUAAGAACACAUUUGUAGAGGAUAGAAGUACUAAUAAUAAGGUUUUGAAUCAGGAAGUGGAGGUAAAUCUGCACGGCAAAACAGAGGAGGAACUGUCUGACAGUUGUGGAAUCAAUAAUGGAGCAGGGGUCGAAGGGGUGCUUGACAGGUUAUUUGAAGUAAUUGAGAGUAGUGAAGAGGAGGAGGAAAAGGAAGAAGAGGAGGAAAUUGUUAACAUAGGUUUUGACAGAUUUUUGCAGGAUUUACUAGACGAGGUAGAACCUGCAAAUAAAAGAGAGUAUGUAGGACAGCCUAUAGUAGAGGUACGUAUUUUUGAUGAAAAUGUAAAGUGUUUGAUUGAUACAGGAUCAGAGGUGUGUGCUGUGUCUCAAAAUUUUGUUAAUGAAAUCCCAGCAAAUAAGCAAGUGGUAAGGAUGCCACAUACAUCAAAACUAAUGGAAGGCUAUAAUGGUUAUGGUGGAAGUGAAGAAGUGGAUCCGUCUGAGCUGGAUAGUGUUAGAGCUGUAAAUAAUUUAAUCGAAUUUGAGACACUGAAAAUGAUUAAAUCAAACAGAGAGCGGCUGAUUCCUGUAGUAAAGACGAUCACAUUAUGUGGGCGAGAAAACAUACCGUUAAGAGGCCAUCUAGAUGAUGGGCAGGAAAUACAGCAGCAUAAGAUGGAGUCGAAUAGUAACAAGCAAGACGAAAACAUUACAAGGUCAGUCCCAGAAUUAGGGACCAUAGAUACUGUUGUAGGGUUGGAAAAUCCUAUAGAUGAAUCCACACCCACAAAACAGGAGGAACGGGAAGUGAAACCAAAGGUAGUGAAAAGUGAACCCAAUGUAUCUGUGGAUGCAAGUCACAAGGGAGAGGAUAUGGAAUUAACAAGUUUGUUAAAUAGUAUGAUGGCGCAAAUUCGAGAAGGGAAUGCUAGUUUGAAAGCAGAAAUGGCUAGUCAUAUAUCCCAACUGGAUGAAAACCUAUCUGGUAAAAUAAAAGCCAAUUUAGAUAUUUUGAAUACGCAAAGCCAACGUAUCACAGAGAGAAAAGUCACAGAAAUAGAGAAAAGAUUUGAUACCGAAAUUCAGAAAAUAGAGAAAUCAGUGGAACCUUUGGUUAGUGAAAAAUUAGAACCGAUAAUUGAAAGUAAAUUACAGGUGAUAGUACCAGUUGUAAAGAAAGAGAUUGUUAAAGAAACGGCAGCUGAUAUUGAAACACUGCGCAAUACCAUGUUGAGUUUUGAUGCAUGUGUGCAGGAGCAGGAAAAUACACUGCGUAAUGAGAUAAAAUUGUUAAGUCAGCAAGUUCAGAAUCAGACGUUUCUUAACUGUAGUGGUAUCCCAUUGUAUAAUGCAGGGAUACAAACAGAGGAGAGAGAGCAGGGAGGAAUUUUUACGGGAAAUGAAGUAGGAAAAGAAUAUCGGUCGGAUGUGAAGGCUCACGUGAAUGAAAUAAGUACAAUUCGAGGCCAGAGUGACGAAUUGAUGAAGGAAGAGUCGGAGAAGGCGUUGUUUGUCGGUAGGGAUGGCAACCGUGCAGAGAGGCAGGGGCAAGGUAGGAGUGAUGUGAUUUAUGGUAAAAGGUUCGUACGAAUAGUCGACGAAUCGCAUCGAGAAGUAAUUAAAGAGGAAAGGGUGGGUAAGAAAAAGGGGCAUAGUGCAGAGACGCAUGCCGAUUCAGAAAUUACCUCGUCUGCAGAAUAUGUACAUCAGCUCAAAAGCCAGCCAGCACAAUUAGAAAGAUCUUCCACUCAAGUGAUUAAUUUGGACCCGAAUAUGACAGUGUUAGAGAGCCAUACCGAUUAUGAUGUGUACCUAGUGACAGCAAGAGUACAUGACUGUGAUGAAGAUUCUUUUAAAGAAAUUAGAGAAAGUGUAUCUAACCAAGAGAAAGAGUGUUGUGAUCCCUGUAGUACUGAAGCAAAUGAGUUAAGUGAGACUGGAAUUCCAUUAGUGGGGGAAAAUAAUGAAAGUAAGAGUGGCGAAUGUACUAUCCAACAAAGGGAAAGUAGAGAAAUGGAUUAUAAUUUGCAAGAAUUAUUCGAAUCCGAAGAAGGUCAUAUUUCUAAGGAGGAGGAAUUAUCGUCAGAAUCAUCAGAAAGCAUCCAGGGAGAAAAAGAAGUAGAGGAAGUUUCCGAUUCUGCAACCGAGAGUUCAGGAAUGACAGAUUCGAAUGAGAACGAGAUGGCAUUAAAGAGCCUAGACGAAGGACUAUUGGAAAAAGUGGUGAAAGAAUUUAGGAUGAAAAGGAGAAAGAAACCUCCAGAUGGAAUGGAGAGACUUCUUAUUGAAUUAUCACUGUUAGAUACUUCAAUAAGAAUUGGGGCAUGUGUAACGGAACUGAAAUAA